GCCGCGCGCAGAGCGCGACCUUUGACUCCCAGCCGAGUGUACGUCAGAGGCGCCCGCCGACGGAAGCGCGGCGGCGGCCGAGGCGCUGCUGGGUUACGGGGCCACGGGGACCCGGCGGCGGUGGACGAUGGAGGACCCUGCGCAGGAUGGGACGGCCGCACCCAGCACCCCCGGGACCGGGAAGUCGAAGCUGGAAACGCUGCCCAAGGAAGACCUCAUCAAGUUCGCCAAGAAGCAGAUGAUGCUAAUACAGAAAGCUAAAUCAAGGUGCACAGAAUUGGAGAAAGAAGUUGAAGAACUCAAAUCAAAAGCUGUUGCUGGAGGAACUGAUGAUAUUAUUAAGGCACUAACCGAACGUCUGGAUGCUGUUCUCCUGGAGAAAGCAGAGAGUGAACAGCAGUGUCUUUCUCUAAAGAAGGAAAAUAUUAAAAUGAAGCAAGAGGUUGAGGAUUCUGUAACUAAGAUGGAAGAUGUGCGGGAGGAGUUUGAACAGUCACAUAGACACUACGUGAAAGAAAUUGAAACUCUGAAAAAUGAGUUGUUGGCAGUACAUUCCAAACACAGUGAAGAUAAAGCUAGCUUGCAAAAAGAACUGGAAGCAGCAAUAAAUAAACAAUUAGAACUUUCAGAACAACUUAAAAUUCAGAGUGACUCUGAGGAUAAUGUUAAAAAGCUACAAGAAGAAAUACAGAAAAUUAGACCAGCUUUUGAGGAGCAAAUUUUAUAUUUACAGAAGCAGUUAGAAGCUACGACUGAUGAAAAGAAACAAGAAAUUGCUCACCUCCAAAAAGUUAUUGAGUCUAAUUCUCAGCACUACCAAAAAGAUAUAAGUAGUUUGCAAGAAGAGCUUUUCCAGUUGAAAGCUACACACCAAGAAAAGGUCAAAGAAUUGAUGUGCCAAAUUGAAACAUCAGCUAAGGAGCAUGAAACAGAAAUAAAUAAGUUAAACCAACUAAACGAAAACUUAGUAAAGCAGUGUGAGGCAAGUGAGAAGAAUAUUCAGGAGAAAUAUGAAUGUGAAUUAGAAAACUUGAAGAAAGCCACCUCAAAUGCAAGCCAGGAAAGUCAGAUAUGUUCUGUGCUCUUAAAAGAAGAUACUGUUGUAGACCAGGUAGUAAACGAAAAAGUCAAACACUUAGAAGAUACCUUAAAAGAACUGGAAUCUCAACAUAGUAUAUUAAAAGAUGAGGUAACCUAUAUGAAUAAUCUUAAAUUAAAACUUGAAAUGGAUGCCCAACAUGUAAAGGAUGAGUUUUUUCAUGAGCGGGAAGACUUAGAGUUUAAAAUUAAUGAACUGUUACUAGCUAAAGAAGAUCAGGGCUGUAUAAUUGAAAAAUUAAAAUCUGAGCUAGAAGAUUUAAAUCGACAGUUUUACUGUACUGUAGAAAAACAUGACAAAGAAGUACAGAGUCUUAAGGAUCAAUAUCAAAAAGAAAUAUCAGAACUAAAUGAAACAUUUCUGUCAAGUUCAGAGAAAGAAAAAUUAGCAUUAAUGUUUGAAAUACAGGGCCUUAAAGAACAAUGUGAAAACCUACAGCAAGAAAAGCAAGAAGCAAUCUUAAAUUAUGAGAGUUUGCGAGAGAUUAUGGAAAUUUUACAGACGGAACUGGGAGAAUCUGCUGGAAAAAUAAGUCAGGAAUUUGAGUCAAUGAAGCAGCAACAAGCAUCUGAUGUUCAUGAACUUCAGCAGAAACUCAGAACUGCUUUCAAUGAGAAAGAUGCUCUUCUUGAAACUGUGAAUCAGCUCAAAGGAGAAAAUGAAAAGUUACUGUCUCUACAAGAAUUAGUACCAGAACUUGAAAAUACCAUAAAGAGCCUUCAAGAAAAGAAUGAAGAGUACUUAGUUAGCCUCAGUCAGAGAGAUACCAUGUUGCAAGAAUUGGAAGCAAAGAUAAACUCCCUCACUGAGGAAAAGGAUGAUUUCCUAAGUAAAAUAAAAAAUUCUCAUGAAGAGGUAGAUAAUCUCCAUGAAAAAUGUGAAAAGCAGGAAAGAUUGAUUAUAGAACUUGAGGAGAAAGUGGAACAGAGUACCCAGUACAACAGUGAAUUAGAGCAAAAGGUAAAUGAAUUAACAGGACAGCUAGAAGAAACUUUAAAAAAAAAGAACCAAAAUGACCAGCAGGUAGAAAAACUAAUGGUUCAAGUUAAAACUCUCUCUGAAGACCAAGAAGCAUUGGCAUCUGAAGUGAAGUCUCUUAAUGAAGAGAAUAAUAGACUAAGUUCAGAAAAGAACCAGUUGAGUAAGGAUUUGGAAGCUCUUUUAUCUGGAAAAGAUGAUGUUAGCCUUAAAGAACAUAUUACUGAAUUAGAAAAGAAGCUUCAGUUAACAGUUGAAGAGCGAGACGAUUUAAGUAAACUGUUUGAAAAUGAACAAGCUCAGAAGUUAUUUGUCAAAACACAGUUGUAUGGUUUUCUUAAACAGAUGGGAUCGGAAGUUUCAGAAGAAAAUGAAGAGCAAGAUGCUAUAAGUGUCCUACAAGCCAUAGGUGAAGCCUUAGCAAAAUUAAAUGAGGAAAAACAUAACUUGUCUUCUCAAUAUGAUGAAAAGGUAUUAGAGUUAGAAAAAAAUAUUAAGUUCCUUCAGGAAGAGAAUGUAGUUCAAUGUGAAGAACUUAGAUGUUUAUUAAGAGACUAUGAGCAAGAGAAAGCUCUCUUAAGGAGAGAGUUAGAAGAAACCAUUGCAGAAAAGGAGUCUCUGCAAUUUGAUCUUCUAGAAAUGAAAAAUGCCAAUGAAAAAACAAGGCUUGAAAAUCAGAAUCUUUUAAUUCAGGUUGAAGAAUUGUCUCAAAAGUAUGACAAAAAUGAAACCCAUAAUGAAAAAGACUCUUUCAUAAUGGAACAUGAAAACCUAAGGUCAUCACUGGAACAAAAAGAAUCUGAAUUACAAGAUGUGAGAGCAGAGUUGAUGUUAUUAAAGGAUUCUUUAGAGAAAACACAUAUAAAAACUGAUCAACACUCCUCAGUGAAAGAUCUGGAAGAAAAAAUCGGAAAUCUGGAAAAAGAAUCCAAAGAGAAAGAGGAGAAAAUAAGUAAGAUAAAACUAGUUGCUGUGAAGGCAAAGAAAGAACUAGAUUCUAGCAGGAAAGAGGCCCAGAAUCUGAAGGAAGAACUUGAAUCUGUUCGGUCAGAAAAGGAUCAGUUGUCUGCUUCCGUCAGAGAUCUCAUCCAAGGAGCGGAAAGCUAUAAGAAUCUUUUGUUAGAAUACGAUAAGCAGUCAGAGCAGUUGGAUGUGGAAAAAGAACGUGCUAAUAAUUUUGAACAUCAUAUAGAAGACCUUACAAAACAAUUAAGAAAUUCAACUUUUCAGUGUGAAAAAUUAAAUUCAGAUAAUGAAGACCUCCAGGCUCGAAUUGAGACACUACAGUCCAAUGCUAAGUUAUUAGAAGUACAAAUUUUAGAAGUCCAGAGAGCCAAAGCAAUGGUAGACAAAGAAUUGGAAGCAGAAAAACUUCAGAAAGAGCAGAAGAUACAGGAACAUACCAGUACUGUAAAUGAACUUGAAGAACUUCAGCUACAACUUCAACUGGAAAAGAAACAGCUUCAGAAAACCAUGCAAGAAUUAGAGCUAGUUAAAAAGGAUGCCCAACAAACCACAUUAAUGAAUAUGGAAAUAGCUGAUUAUGAACGUUUGAUGAAAGAACUAAAUCAAAAGUUAACCAAUAAAAAUAGCAAAAUAGAAGAUUUGGAGCAAGAAAUAAAAAUUCAAAAACAGAAACAAGAAACCCUACAGGAAGAAAUGACUUUACUGCAGACUUCAGUGCAACAAUAUGAAGAAAAAAACACCAAAAUCAAGCAAUUGCUUGUAAAAACCAAGAAAGAACUGGCAGAUUCAAAGCAAGCAGAAACUGAUCACUUAAUACUUCAAGCAUCUUUGAAGGGUGAGCUGGAGGCCAGCCAACAACAAGUAGAAGUCUAUAAAAUUCAGCUGGCUGAAAUAACAUCCGAGAAACACAAGAUUCACGAGCACCUGAAGACAUCGGCAGAGCAGCACCAGCGCACUCUGAGCGCCUACCAGCAGAAGGUGACGGCCCUGCAGGAGGAGAGCCGCACCGCCAAGGCAGAACAAGCUGCUAUAACCUCUGAAUUUGAGAGCUACAAAGUCCGAGUCCAUAACGUUCUAAAACAACAGAAAAAUAAAUCUGCGUCUCAGGCUGAAACUGAGGGAGCUAAACAAGAAAGGCAACACCUGGAAAUGCUGAUUGACCAACUGAAAAUCAAAUUACAAGAUAGCCAGAAUAACUUACAAGUCAAUGUGUCGGAACUUCAGGCACUGCAGUCCGAGCACGAUGCUCUGCUCGAGAGGCACAACAGGAUGCUACAGGAAACUGUGUCCAAAGAGGCGGAACUCCGGGAGAAGUUGUGUUCCAUACAAUCCGAGAAUAUGACAAUGAAAUCCGAACACACGCAGAUGGUGAGUCAGCUGACGUCCCAGAACGAGGCCCUUCGCAGCAGCUUCCGAGAGCAAGUGCGACAUCUGCAGGAAGAGCACAGAAAAACAGUGGAGACGUUGCAGCAGCAGCUCUCCAAGGUGGAAGCCCAGCUCUUCCAGCUUAAGAGUGAGCCGACCACAAGAAGCCCAGCUUCUUCCCACCAGUCUUUGAAGAAUCUUCGAGAAAGGAGAAACACAGAUUUCCCGCUCCUAGAUAUGCACACCGUGACGCGGGAAGAGGGAGAAGGAAUGGAGACAACGGAUACCGAGUCUGUGUCUUCCGCUGGCACGUACACCCAGUCUCUAGAGCAGCUGCUUAAUUCUCCUGAAACCAAACUUGAGCCUCCUUUGUGGCAUGCGGAAUUUACCAGAGAAGAAUUGGUUCAGAAGCUCAGCUCCACUACAAAGAGUGCAGAUCACUUAAACGGCCUGCUUCGGGAAACGGAGGCAACGAAUGCAGUUCUUAUGGAACAAAUCAAGCUUCUCAAAAGUGAAAUAAGAAGAUUGGAACGGAACCAGGAGAGAGAAAAGUCCGUGGCUAACCUGGAAUACUUGAAGAAUGUCUUGCUUCAGUUCAUUUUCCUGAAACCAGGAAGUGAAAGAGAGAGGCUCCUUCCUGUUAUAGACACAAUGUUGCAACUCAGCCCUGAAGAAAAAGGAAAACUUGCUGUAAUUGCUCAAGAAGACUCCAGCUGUCAACACAGGAAAUGCAAAGAUGACAGAAGACUCAGGCAACGAAAUCAUCUGGAGUAUAUUCCCUCUACCUGAGCUUUGUCCAGCUUUGUCCACCUGAGCAGCCUGGCUAGGAAUAGCAAUGCCAUAGAUUCAUCAGUAAAGAGAAGAUUGUGAUGGUAUUUUUUUCUUUCUGGGUAAUCAGUCAUACAAACAAUGGGAUGAACAGAGCAUCCAUUUGUAAUAGUUAAAUGAGUUCACAUGAAUCCACCAGUCAGCUCAAAAAGUAAAUACUGGGAGAGGAUGGCCCAAGUGCUCCAUGGGAGACCGGGAGAAAGCACCUGGCUCCUGGCUUCGGAUCAGUGCAGCUCCAGCUGUUGUGGCCAUUUGGGGGGUGAACCAACGGAAGGAAGACCUUUCUCUCUGCCUCUCUCACUGUCUAACUCCACCACUUCCACCACUUCCAACACUAGUGUCCCCUAUCAGAGGGGCCAGUGUGAGACCUUGCUGUGCUGCUCUGCUUCUGAUCUGACUUCCUGUAAUGCAACUGGCAUGACAGGAGAAGAUGGUCAAAGUACUUGGAACCCUGCCGUGCGUGUGGGAGAGCAGGAUGAAGUUCCUGACUCCUGACUUUAGCCUGGCCCCGCCCUGGCUGUUGUGGUCAUUGUGGCCAUCUGGGAAGUGAAUCAGAGGCUGGAAGGUCUCUCUGUCUCUCUCUGUCACUUUGACUUUCAGAUAAAUACAUACAUACAUACCAAUGUGUUUGAAGUUCCCUGUAUGCCUCUCAUGUCUAAGCAGUAUCCUGAAUUUAGUGUUAAUCAUUCCUAUGCAUUUGUACUGUUUUGUUUGUUAGCCUUAUAAAAUUUAGAAUAUUACGGAUUUUCUUCUUUUUUUUUUGGACAGGCAGAGUGGACAGUGAGAGAGAGAGACAAAGAGAAAGGUCUUCCUUUGCCAUUGGUUCACCCUCCAAAGGCCGCCGCAGCAGGCGCACAGCGCCGAUCCGAUGGCAGGAGCCAGGUACUUAUCCUGGUCUCCCAUGGGGGGCAGGGCCCAAGCACUUGGGCCAUCCUCCACUGCACUCCCUGGCCACAGCAGAGAGCUGGCCUGGAAGAGGGGCAACCGGGACAGAAUCCGGCACCCUGACUGGGACUAGAACCCGGUGUGCCGGCGCCACAGGCGGAGGAUUAGCCUAGUGAGCCACGGCGCCGGCCCGGAUUUUCUUCUAACUUGGUUUCUAACUCAACAUUUAAUCCAUAUUGAUGCACAUAGCUGUAGUUCAUUUAUUUCACUGCCAUAUAGUAUUAGAUUUUAUGACUAUACCACAACUUAUCCCAUCUGUCAGUGAGCAUUUGGGUUGUCUUCACUGUCUUAUUCUGAGGGAUGAUGUUGCAUGAACAGUAUUCUACCUAUUUUAAGAUACUUAGUUACAAGAGUUGAGCAUAUAUCUUAGUCAACAUGCUGGAGUGUGCACAUGCUCAACCCUACUAGGUCAUGCCAGAUGGGCUGGUUGCAUCAGUGUGGUUUUUGAAUACAGUGUUUGAGAAUUCCUGUUGCCUUCAUUCUCAUCAACAACCAACGUCAGCCUUGGUAAUUCUGACCAGGCUGAUGGGUGGAGUCUUAACUGUGGUUUUAGUUUGUAAUUUUCCUGUGGUUUUAAAUUACUAGUGAAAUGGAGCAUCUCUUACUAUAUCAUUAUUUGUGUUUCCUGUAAAUGUCUGUUCAUGUAUUUUGUUGCCUGUUUUUCUAUUGGUUGCUUGUCCUAUUUAAACUGAUUCAUAAGAACUACUUUAUAUUUGCAUAUCCUAGAAAAUAAAUCUUAAAAAAAAAGUUUGUCCUACCCAAAACAGGAAGACAGAGAUUUUAUUUUUUAAACAAAUUUAACCAGAGAAGUUUGGGACUUAAGAAUACUAGGUAUAUCCGAAAGUAUCAGAAAGGAGAAAUAAAACUGCAUUGAAAAGCCAGGGGUUAAGGGAAAAUCUGCACCCUGAAUGCCCCCACUCCCCCAGCCUGCUCUGUCACCCUUGCUCCACCUCUGUUCCCAGCACCCAACAGCUGACCCUGUCGCUCCGGCCACCAGGGUCAUUUUCUUGAGAAACUUUACAGUUCAGGAGAAAACACCAAACGACUGACAUUUAGAGAUUCCCUACUGGACAUUCAUUGCCCUCAAUAAAGAAUAAAGAAAGGAAGAAAAGUGGAAUAAACUCUUGGAAAUUAAAAUUCAAAUACCUAGGGGCCAGCGCUGUGGCAUACAGGAUAAAGCCGCCACCUGCAGCGCCAGCAUCCCAUAUGGGUGCAGGUCUGAGUCCCAGCUGCUCCACUUCUGAUCCAGCUCUCUGCUAUGGCCUGGGAUAGCAGUAGAAGAUGGCCCAAGUCCUUGGACCCCUGUACCUGCAUGGGAAGACCAGGAGGAAGAGGCCGGUUCCGUGGCUCACUAGGCUAAUCCUCCACCUUGCAGUGCCGGCACACCAGGUUCUAGUCCCGGUCAGGGCGCCGGAUUCUGUCCCCGUUGCUUCUCUUCCAGGCCAGCUCUCUGCUAUGGCCCGGGAGUGCAGUGGAGGAUGGCCCAGGUGCUUGGGCCCUGCACCCCAUGGGAGACCAGGAGAAGCACCUGGCUCCUGCCUUCGGAUCAGCGUGGUGCGCCGGCCGCAGGUGACCAUUGGAGGGUGAACCAACAUCAAAAGGAAGACCUUUCUCUCUCUCUCUCACUGUCCACUCUGCCUGUCCAAAAAAUAAAAUAAAAAUAAAAAGACCAGGAGGAAGCUCCUGGCUUCUGAACGGUGGCUCAUGUCAUUGGGGCCAUUUGGGGAGUGAACUAUAAGAUGUAAGAUUUCUCUCUCUGCCUCUGCCUUUCAAAUAAAUCUUUUUUAAAAAAUUGAAAUAGCUAAGCACAAAAGAUGAGAAAGAGGUGGACAGAAAGAAGUAGACUAUUGGAAAGAUUCUAAUCUAGGAAACUCAAGAUUUAACAGGAGUCCCUUGAACAUCAAAUAGGAAGAAACUUCUAAAGAAAUAGUGUAAGAAGACUUUGCAUAACAGAGUUCAAAAGAAAGGGCUGUGGAAGAUCCAGUGCCGUGGAAAAGGGCUUACAGCAUGUUAAUGGAAAUUUUUAGAACAAAGACGUUCUAAAAAGUUGCCAAAGGACAAUUGUUUCAGACUUGUCACUGGCAACGCUGUACACCAGAAAAUUCCUCAAAAAUCCGAGGGAAAAUUAUUUGCAACCUGAAAUUCUAUAAACAACAGAGCUUCAAUUAUGUGGAAGGAAAAAAACAUUUUCAGAUGCCUAACAACUAGAAAGAAAUUGCUUCCCAUGCAUCCUUUCUUAGAGACUUAUUGAGAAAAUGUGCUCCCGAAAGCUGAGAAAGGAAAAAAACAGGGAUGAAGACUCCCCAGGGCAGAGGCUGUGAGCUCAGGGAGCAGAGGACUGGCCAAGCCUCCAGGGGAAAACAUGGAAGCAGCAGAUCAUCAUGCAGCUCCUGUGUAAAACGUUGUUGUAAGAUGUUAGAAACAGUGACAUUGAGGCUGGUGCCGUGGCUCACUAGGCUAAUCCUCUGCCUUGCGGUGCCAGCACACCAGGUUCUAGUCCCGGUCGGGGUGCCAGAUCCUGCCCUGGUUGCCCCUUUUCCAGGCCAGCUCUCUGCUAUGGCCUGGGAGUGCAGUGGAGGAUGGCUCACGUGCUUGGGCCCUGCACCCCAUGGGAGACCAGGAUAAGUACCUGGCUCCUGCCAUCGGAUCAGUGCAGUGCGUCGGCCGCGGCGGCCAUUUGAGGGUGAAUCAACGGCAAAAAGGAAGACCUUUCUCUCUCUCUCUCUCUAACUGUCCACUCUGCCUGUCAAAAAAAAAAUAAUAAUAAUAAAAUUUAAAAAAUAGUGACAUUGGCAAAGUAUUUAACAUUAAGGAAAUGUUUUGAAUUAUUAGUUUUGAUAAUAUCGUGUCUAUGUUCAAAAAGAAUUCUGAUCUUUUAAAAAUAUGCAGAACUGUGGUAGUUGAGAUUAUAUUUGAUCCAAAUUAAUGUGAGAAGGGAAAAAUGGGUAGGAGAAAAGAUGAAGUAGGGGUGACAUGGAGCUAAUAUUUGCUUUUAUUAGGGACAAAUAUCUCCAUUUUACAUAUUUACCCACCCACACAUUUUUUUAAAGAUUUCUUUAUUUAUUUGAAAGAGUUACACAGAGAGAAGGAGAGGCAAAGAGAGAGAGGUCUUCCAUCCACUGGUUCACUCUUCAGUUGGCUGCAAUGGCCAAAGCUGUGCCAAUCCAAAGCCAGGAGCCAGGAACUUCUCCCAGAUCUCCCAUGUGGGUGCAGGGGCCCAAGGCCUUGGGCCAUCUUCUACUGCUUUCCCAGGCCAUAGCCAAGAGUUGGGUCAGAAGUGGAGCAGCUAGGACUUGAACCGGCACCCAUAUGGGAUGCCGGCAUGGCAGGUGCCAGCUUUACCCACUAUGUCACAGAGCCAGCCCCUACACCCACACAUUUUUAAAACAGGAUUUUUUUUUAAAUAUUUCUUUAUUUGAAAGAUAGAGUGACAGAGUGACUGCAACAACUAAGGCUGGGCCAUACCAAAGCCAAGAGCCAGGAACUCAAUCCGAGCCUCACACAUGUGCUUCAAGAACCAAAGAGUGCUUUUCCAGGUGCAUUAGCAGGGAGUUGGAUCAGAAGCAGAGCAACCCAGACUUGAAUCAGCUGCUCCAGUAUGGGAUGCCAGUGUCACAGGCAGCAGCUUAACCCACUGCUACACAAUGCCGGCUCCAAGUAUACUUUUUUUUUUACGUAAUUAUACCUUGUGUUUUGUUUAUUAAACCAUUAUUGACAUAUAAUUUACAUACCAUAAAAUUCACUGAGGGGCCGGCACCAUGAUGCAGUAGGUUGAUCCUCUACCUGUGGCACCAGCAUCCCAUAUGGGCACUGGUUCUAGUCCUCGCUGCCCCUCUUCCAAUCUAGCUCUCUGCUAUGGCCUGGGGAGGCAGUGGAAGACGGCCCAAGUGCUUGGGCUCCUGCACCCGUGUGGGAGACCGGGAGGAGGCACCGGGCUCCUGGCUUCAGAUGGGUGCAGCUCCAGCCAUUGCAGCCAUCUGGGGAGUGAACAAGCGGAUGGAAGACAUUUUUCUCUCUGUCUCUCCUUCUCACUGUCUGUAACUCUACCUCUCAAAUAAAUAAAUAAAAUCUUUAAAAAAAAUUCACUGAUUUAGAGUAAACAAUAUAUUGGGUUUAGUAUAUUCACAGAAUUGUGACAACAUACCCACAACCUAAGUUUAGAAAUUGUCAUUGGGGCCGGCACUGUGGCGUAGCGGGUAAAGCCACUGCCUGCAGUGCCAGCAUCCCAUAUGGACACUGGUUCGAGACCCUGCUGCUCCACUUCCAAUCCAGCUCUCUGCUAUGGCCUGGGAAAGCAGUGGAAGAUGGCGCAAGUCCUUGGGCCCCUGCACCCACAUGGGAGACCUGGAAGAAGGUCCUGACUCCUGGCUUCAGAUUGGCACAACUCCGGCCAUUGCAGCCAUCUCGGGGAGUAGACCAGUGGAUGGAAGACCUCUCUCUCUCUCUCUGCCUCUUUGUAACUCUGCAUUUCAAAUAAAUAAAUCUUUUUUAAAAAGAGAAUUAAAAAAGAAUUUGUCAUUAUCACCCUGCGCCAGCUGUUGGCAACUAUCAAUAUCCUUUCUGUCUCUAGAUUGGCCUAUUCCCGGCCUGCAUACACAUGGAAUCAUACAGUAUUAGGUCUUUCGUGUCUGGCUUUUUUCAACUAAUAUUUUCAAGGUUCAUCCACACUGUACCUGCCCUAGUCCUCCAUUCAUUAUCACUGCUGAAUAAUAUUCCAUCAGUGAAUACCAUAUUUCACUCCCCAGGUGACAGAUGUUUGGGUGUUGCCAGCUUUUGACUGCCAGGAAAGUGUGCAUGCGAGGUUUUGUGUGAAUAUGCUUUCAUUUCUCAUGGAUGUGCACCUAGGAGUAGAGAUGUCGUGUCAUGGUAACUCCACGUUCAGCUGUUGGACAAACUGCCAGACGGUUUUCUGAAGUGAUGGCUCUGCUUUACAAUCCCACCAACAGGAUGUGAGGCUCACCACCAUCUCUUUUACUGCAGCCAUUCUAGUGGGUAUAAGUUGGCAUCUCAUGACUGUGAUUUGUAUGGAACUAAUAAUUCAAUGUCAUUAGUUAUAUGUUGAGCAUUUUUCAUGCAUGUGCUUUGUAUAUCUUGUUUGGAGAAAUGCCUGUUUAACUUAUUCCUAUUCUUAAAGUUAGAUUGUCCAUUAUUUAGUUGUAGGUACCCUUUACAUAGUCUAGUUAUGUCCUUUAUCGGGUACAUGACUGACAAAUACUUUGUCUCACUAUGUGGGCUGUAUGUUUACUUUCCUGCAUGGUAUCAUUUCCAGCAGGAAAGUUUGUAUCUCCAGCCAAGUCUAAUUUACCUUUGUCUUUUGCUUUUGGGUCACUUGUGCCCAAAGCCUUGGCUAAUCCAAGCUCACAAUGAUCUAUUCCUUUGUUCCUGUCAAUGGUUUUAUGCUUUUAGAUCUCUGGUCUACCUUGAAUUACUUUUUUAAAUUAUAAAAGAGGUCCAUCUUCAUUCUCUUCAUUGACAUCCAUUAGCCCCAGCAGCAUUUAUUGAAAACACCGUUCUCCUCCUACUGAACUGUCUUGGCACCUCUGUUGAAAAUCAAUUAUCCAUCCGCUUACGGAGUUACAUCUAGACUCUCAGUUCCACGCCAUUGAUCCGGCUGUGUGCCGGUAUACUACCAUCUCACCGCCAUCUUGAUUACUGCAGCUGUGUAGUAAGAUUUGGAGUUAGGAUGUGUGAGUCCUCCAACGCCAUUCCUUUUCAAGAUUGCUCUGGCUCUCCCAGCACCAGGUGAAUUUUAGAGUGAGGUUGCCUUCUCUCUCGCUCCUUCCACGCCAGGCGUUAAAAAAAAAAAAAGAAGAGCCGGCGCCGUGGCUCAAUAGGCUAAUCCUCCACCAUGCGGCGCCGGCACACCGGGUUCUAGUCCCGGUCGGGGCGCCGGAUUCUGUCCCGGUUGCCCCUCUUCCAGGCCAGCUCUCUGCUAUGGCCAGGGAGUGCAGUGGAGGAUGGCCCAGGUGCUUGGGCCCUGCACCCCAUGGGAGACCAGGAAAAGCACCUGGCUCCUGGCUCCUGCCAUCGGAUCAGCGCGGUGCGCCGGCUGCAGCGGCGGCCAUUGGAGGGUGAUCCAACGGCAAAGGAAGACCUUUCUCUCUCUGUCUCUCUCUCUCACUGUCCACUCUGCCUGUCAAAAAAAAAAAAGAAAGAAAAAAAAAAAAAGAAAAAAAAAAAAAAAAGAAA